AUGUCAACAUCAGCAACGGAUAACUUCAUCAGCGCCGCUCGAUCGCGACGCCUUGCUUGUAACCGGUGCCACAGACACAAAUUGAGGUGCGAACGAAGCCCAAUUAUGGUCAACGGGAGCAUAGCUAUUCCCCUGGGCACAUGCAAGCGUUGCCAGAAGGCUCAGGUAGCCUGCCAGACUACCAAUGGCACAUACAUUCCAAGCGGCGGCGAUUCGUUAACAAAUGCUACUGCCGCUUCUAAGAAGUCAGCUGAGAACAUAUCUCCAGCACGCCCGCCCGCCAUCCCCAACACUUCUACUGGCGCGGCAACUCCAAAUAUCCCGAAUCAUGAAGACUCCAUGCUAGAUAGUCCGCUCUUCAGCGGCGAUGACGCAAAUGCCCUCCUCGAUCUUGGCAACUUCGAUUUUGACACUAGCGACUUUGGCCAGACCAAUGAGCAUUCAGCAGUAUCGGCUGCCCUAUCGACAUCGCCGUCCCUUUCAAGUCAUACUUGGGAAAAUUACAACGAUGAUCCAAAACACAGCUCCAGGAUGCUAUCUGAAUCAUUUGUAGAUUCGGCAUACUUUGGUUCUACUCCGCGGCUUAAUGGGUCGAGCGUCAGUUCGCACACCACCGUGAACUCUGACGACUCAAAGAUGGUGUUGCAGCAAGACCCAAUAAACCCCCGAGACAGUUUUAGGCUCAAGUUAUUGGAACUGAACUCGUUACUUUUCAGUGAUCUUCAGUGCAUCACGGAUGUCGAACUAGCAGAAGCACUAUUCUCAUUUGAGGGUACCAGUUUCUCCAGUCGCGACAGACCAGGACCGGAUGGGAAUCUCGUGCACCGUGUUCUCUUUGCUUCAGAGAGAUUAAUCGAACUGUUGAGCACCGCUGGAGCUGUCCAUUUGCCUCAGGCUUGCCAAAAUAGCUCAUAUGUUGUCAAGCUUCCUGUUAUAAUCUCUGUCCUCACCUGUUACGUCGGGUUGCUCUCCGUAUAUCACGCCAUCUUCACUCAUAUCCACGAUGCCUUGAGUGCCCUUGAGCCUACUCUACACGACUCAAAUAUCCAAAAGCAGCAACAGUAUCAGCAACAGCAGCGCAAUAAGGGAUGGCUCGUGCCUCAUUCUACAGCGCCAGGAGUACUGGCUGUUCCGGAGCCAGAGCGCCCGGUGCUACGGCAUGAAGAUGCUUUGAAAAUACGGGUUCAAAUGGAAGUUAUGACGCAUAUGUUAGAACGAGUAGAUGACGCAUGGGCGGCCUCUCUAGUAGAUGAGACUCAGGGAAAUGGUGAGAUCAGACACCUCAGCGACGGUAAAGGCGUGUUUGGGAGAGCAUCGACAACAUCGCUUUUACAUAACAUGUUAAUCCAUGAAGGUUAUGAAGUUACAGAUGAUGACUCAAUCAUGGGACUGGUUCUUGUCUGCGUAUCUUACGAAGCUAUUGCAGCUUAA